AUGAAAUAAAAUAAAAAAAGAUUAAGUUAUAUAAAAAAUCAAAAGCCUGCAAACAUUGAAUGGAUAUUAAAUCUUCUUGAUUAGAUACCUAAAUAUCAAUUAUAAUAAAGCAACCUCAAAUCAGCAACCUAAAUUUAACUGUAAGGAUUAUAAGAUUGUGAUCAAAUACUCAAAUCGGAACUUUAUUCUUUUAACAAUAAGACAAAUAAAUUUUAACAGAUAACAUUUUCACUCUACCCCAAUAUGCUUAUCAAUAACUUCGGAGAAUUCCUCAUACUAUCUACUUGUAUCAUGAUUAAGAAGAUUAUCUAAUAUAAAGAGUUCAUUGCCCAAGGUGUUCUAUUGUAUAAUCACCAUGGAAAUCUAUUUAUAUUUUAUGAAUCUUACGUUUAGCAAUUAAAUUGGGAAAAAUAAUUAAAAAGAUUUUGUAAACAACAAAAUUUUUCUUAAAAAUAUACCAUCAAAGAAAAAUUAUCCAUUCCAAAUCAUUUUGUUUGUGUGAAAAAUAAAAACAAUCGAAUUUACACAGUACAAAUGAUAAGAUUUACUCAUUUAAACGAGUAAAAUUAUGAACAAUUAAUGAACGAAAUAAAUAUUUUGAUGUGUUUUAAGUAGAGUGGUCUAAAUUAAUUCCAUGCAUUAUUUGAAGAUGGAGAAAUCCUAUACAUUUUGUACGAUUAUUGGAUAGGGGACACCUUAUUUAAAUAGUUGUAAUAAGGAUUGCUACUAACUAUGCAACAAAUUUCUCAAAUUAUUUAUCAAUUAAUAAAAGUAUGCAGAUUUUUAACAAUAAAUAAUCUUUAUCAUGCUGCCAUAUUACCAACUAAUAUUAUCUUAUUGAGAAACAAUAAUAAUGCUCAGCAAUAAACAAAGAUUACUUUAUUUAACUUCAGUUUUAGAGAUGUAAAUUAAGUUCCUUCGAUAAUAUAAAAAUUACCAAAUGCUUGGAUACCUCCUGAGUUCUCUUGUUUAAAUGUGAAGUAAGACUUUGCAUAAAUUGAUUUAUAUUAAAUUGGAGUUUUGCUUUACUACUUAACAAUAUUUCUGCCUGAAAACAAUAUCAAACAAGGUCCCUUUAAUAAGACUAUUGAUAAUUUUUAGAUAUAAUAUGCCUGGCUCAAAGGAUUAUAACAUAAAAGCCCAAUCCCUUACUCAUAUUCAUUAGUUGAUUUCUUAUGCUAACUAUUAGAUCCAAAUCCUCAAACCAGAAUCACUUAUUCAGUUGCGAUUUGUCAUCAAUGGCUCAUAAAUUAAAAGCAUUAAUAAAAUCCGAUCGAAAAAGAUAAUAUGAAAAUCUUAGCAUCUUUAAGAACUAUUUUAGAAUUGAGAGAAUAAAACUCUAACGAUUAUGCAUCCUCUUAAAGAUUCGAUCAAAAGUUAGAAUAACAUAUAACAAGUUCUUCAGAAGAGGAUGACUAAGUAUAGACUGUGGAUGAUUAUCUUCAUAGAAUAUCCAAGGAAAGAAAUUGUAUUCCUCACUAUAUAAACCUCAUGAACAUAAUUACACCUUGCAAACACCCUUCUAGAAAAUCGCUUAACGAUUAAAUUCAAUUUGUUUGA